UUGCAUUUUGGGAGAGCAUGAUGCUCCGCCGCACCACACGCAGCGUAGCACUCCUCCUGUCCAUCCGCAGCGGUGGCGCAUUCACUCGCAGCAGUCCGCUGCCUCUGCGCUGUCGCGCCCUCGCGACCGCGUCGGGCGCGGACGACGCCGGAGGCCGCGCGGGGGGCCGACGACGGAGGCCAGCCGGCGGUGGACGACGACGAAGGCCGUCCACGAACCAACGCGCGCCGCAAGCUGGAGAUGCGCCCUCCGCAGCCGCGCAGAAGCGGUCCGCGGUGCCCCUCGGCGCUGUGGUGGACGUCGUUCAGAAGGAAGACCAGCCGACCGGAAAGAAGACGCGGGGCACCGUUGCGCGGCACCUGACGCGGGCCGCCCAGCACCCGCGAGGCAUCAAGGUGCUGCUCGCGGAGGAGGUCGUGGGCCGCGUCGUAGAGGUGUUAGAGACGCCGGAGGUGUCCGACGACGACCUCGCUGCCUUCGCGCGCGUCUCGAACCCGCAGCGGGGGCGAGGAGGAGGCCGAGGACGACGACGACGCGGCGGCGGCGGUGGCGGCGACGAGGCGCCGCGGCGCGUCGCAAGCUUUACCGGGUAGAGGUC